UAAAAUUUUGCCUGACCUGGUCAUAUUAACUAGCUUUUUUUUUACUUUUUUUUUUUUUUUUUUUUUUUUUCCUUUUUUUGGCACAAUGGGUUUGGCUGUUUUUGAGAAUGAUAAAAAUUUGUCAUUUAAUGGGGUGGACAAAAUAGUGGACGACGUUUACAAGGACAACCUGAACUUCCUGCUAAAGAGCAACAAGAACGAACUGGAGCGGAAAGAAACAGACCAACUCAGUUUCAGCAUCGACAACCUGUUGAUUCUGCUGGAAGAGGAGGAACAGCGACGCUACGGCGAGAGGGAUAAAAUGAAGGACGCCUUUCAAAACAUAGGAAAACGGGGAGAUUAUUGCGGGCUCUUUUUUAUACCUUUUCACAUGCGACUACGUGUCAUGUUGAUGGUGUACAGCGUCCAAACGGGCGAUUAA